UUGCACUUCGCAACAGCAUCCCUUCGUUUGUUUACACUUCCACCUCUUAACCACCGCCGUUCGUGCGUUCGCAACAUGUCUUUGUUCAAACCAAAGUCUUACCUUCUUCUCCAGUAGCCUGCACAUUGCAGGACUGACAUCAUAGCACCAUGGGCCCGAAGAAGAAAGCGAGUCCAACGAAAGUCACUGCAAAACCUGGCGCUUGGACGAGUGCCCUACGCCGAUCGCCCAGGAAAGGCACGCCGUCGCCGAAGAAGAGCGACGCCGCUACAGGCCGCUCGAAAUCGCCGUCUCCCGGUGUAAUGACGAAGAAGACGCCCGCCGAAACGGGUAAGCCGCCGCCGCCGAAGAAGGUAACCCCAGUACCAAAGCCAGCCAGAGCUUCAAAGUCAGCGACGAGAGCGACACCAAGCCCAAUCACAGCUGCUGCCGCGGGAGGGUUCGCGUCGGCGAAAAGGAGCAAAGCUGCCGGCGCACUAUCUAAGUCACCAUCGCCCAGCAAAGCCUCAUCACGCGCCAAUACCUCGAAGCCAGCUACGAAGGCAGCAACGAAGGCAGCAACGAAGGCAGCAACGAAGCCAGGGCCAAAGUCCGCAAGGUCCACUGCCGCGACGGAGACGCACUCAGCGAAGAAAACAGCAACGGCAGCUACCCAUGCCGAGUUGUCGAUCCCCAACAAGUUAUCAGAGCAGAUCUCGAUGAUGAAGGGCCGGACUUCGUCACCGAAGGAAAGCAUCGCCCCAAAGGCAGCCGCGAAGGCAAUGUCAGGCUCGCCGAAGCGUACGAUUGUGAAGAAAGCGUCCCCUGCAAGGAAGACGAGGACUGCUAGCAAGCGCAAAGAUGAUGAAAAGGCCGCGAAACAAGAGCAGCCAGCUGUUCCGCCGCUAUCUCUAGAGCAGUCAAAAGACGACACUUACGCACCUCAAUUUAUUGAAGGUGAGAGCGAGCAGGCAAAGGAGGACACCUACAUACCUCGAUCUAUUGAAGAUGAGAGCGAGCAGGCAAGGGAGGACAUUUACGUACCUCGAUCUGUUGAAGAUGAGAGCGAGCAGGCCAAUGAGCACAUCUACAUACCACGAUCGAUUGAAGAUGAGAGCGGGCAGUCUCCACGCAAGAAAAGCUCUCGGAGCGGCAGCAAGGUUCGCAGUGCCUCGAAGAGUCCGUCACGUAGCCGCACAGGUAGUGGGCUUCCAGGUCGAGCGACAAGCGGCCGAUUAGCUAGUCCGGGUAAGCGAGCGAGGAAAUCUCCAGGUCGGAAGGAACCGCGCACCCUGGAUCUUGGGGAUCUUGAGCACAUCCGGGGAACGCUGCAGCCUAGUCCGAGAUAUGAAGAUACGCAGGAGCACGGAAUGCUGCAGCCUAGUCCGACAUAUGAGUUUACGCCGGGGCCAGCAGAAAGCGCGACAAGAAGUCCUUUCGAGAGCUUGUUUGGGCAGACAGGCCGCAUGAAGCAGGUGUCCGACAGAUGGGGUACCCCAGCAGAGCCUCUGUGGCUCAGCAACACAGAAAGCAGGAGUCCAUUGCGGCGUCUUUCUAAGAGUCCAGCUCCGUGGCUGCGCGGAAGCAAAGAGCAGCUCGGCUCAUACGAACUACAAUCGAACUCACCUGUACGCAGUACGUCGCAGACUGCACCUUCGACCAGGAGCACGCCUACGCAGCUCCAGCAGGCUCUUCGCCACAUUGCGACCGCGCGAGAACAGCGCAUGGCUGGCACGGAGCACGACAUGGUCAUGCUGCCGGGUGAACGCAAGCGUGAGAAAAGCGAAUCGCCCCGAAAGCCCAACGGACCAGAGAACGCUCGUCCCAUUGAGGCGGAUGGCGGUAACACACCUUUCUCACCAGCUCGGCACUCUCCUACAAGGCAGAAGGCGCCGGAACCUCCAGUACCACCAAAUAGGGGAAGCGCGAAGCCAAAGCAGGCACGGGAGAAGCCCGCCCGGCCGCGUGUGGCGACCACCUUUCCGAACGAACCAGAGACUGUCGUGGAGCCUGCGAGGGGCCCUUCCGCGCCCGGGCGCGGUCCCGUGGUUAUGUUCGCUAACCCGCGCAUGGUCCCAGGACCGAAUGGUAAGCCGACGAACAGGAAGAAUCCUUUCUUCGAAACGAUGCCUGCGACAGAAGUGUGGCACAGGCGCAUGCCAAAUCUGUUCCCUUUCGGCGAAACACCUUUUGUUGCGCGGGAGAUGAGUCGGCAAAUCGAAGAAGAUCUUGCUAGAGGUGAGCUAUCAGCCAUGAUAAUGCUGUGCAUAGCUAACUUUCAGCAGACGAUGAUGAGAUGAAGAACGUCGGCCGCAGAACCUCUGGCAUUCUCGACAUGGUCAAGGGAGCUGCAACCAGCGCCGUGAAUUACUUCAGUCGCACGUCAGCAGCAACGCCGGAGUCGUCAAUAGACGUCUAUGAGUCGCCUUGGGCAUUGCCGCCCGUACCCGAUGUCGAAGUGGAGGAGGCUAUGAAGGAAUUGGGAUCUUUCUUCGACA